UUACUUAGGGAUUAUGGAGGGAUAGCCCAGAACAGAAAAAAUAUGAAACAGUAGAUUUGAAGCCUGAGCAACAGAACUUGGCAGCCCCAACCCAACUCAGCUUAACUCAGCCUCAUUGAACCUGACCCCAGACUCUCCACUCCUGGGCUUGCUACAGAUCUCUGAUCCUAGAAUCCUCUUCACUUCCAGCUAGAAUGCUGUGUCAGGCCCUUCGCAGAAUUUGUCAAAAGCUGGUACGCAGACGAAUGUUGGAGGAAGACGUGAAUGAGAUGGCCCCUGCCAGAAGACUGACCACUCUGGAUUUAGUGGCACUGGGUGUGGGCUGCACAGUGGGAGUAGGUGUGUUUGUCCUGGCUGGUGAGGUGGCUAGAGAUAUAACAGGACCAUCCAUUGUGAUCUGUUUGUUGGUAGCCAGCCUAUCUUCUAUAUUGGCUGGGCUGUGCUAUGCAGAGUUUGGUGUCCAGGUUCCCUAUGCUGGCUCUUCAUAUCUCUACACUUAUGUCACUAUGGGUGAACUCUGGGCUUUCAUCACCGGCUGGAACCUUAUCAUCUUCUUUGUUGCUCAUUCAGCCACUGUGGCCCGGGCUUGGACCUUAGCUUUUGACAAUCUGCUUGGGAACCAGAUCUCUCAGACCCUGCAUGAGAGCGUCUCACCGAAUAUUCUCCAGGUCCUUGGAGAAAUUCUAGGCUUCAUUGUUGUGGGCCUUAUGUUGUUGCUCAUGGAAGUGCUGACACUGAGGAAUAGGUGGAUUUUCCUGGUUUCCAAAGUGUUCACAUUGGUGAAACUUUUGGUUCUCAGUUUUGUUAUCAUCUCUGGCUUCAUGAAGGGGGACCUGCACAACUGGAAGCUCACGGAAGAGGACUACAUAAAGGCUGGACUCAAUGGCACCUCUAGCGUGGGGCCUCUGGGCUCUGGAGGAUUCAUGCCUUUUGGCUUCAAGGGGAUUCUCCGUGGAGUAGCUAUCUGUUUCUAUGCAUUUAUUGGUUUCAGCAUUAUUAUUACCAGAGUUGAAGAAGUCCAGAAUCCCAGGCGUUCCAUCCCCAUGGGAAUUGUGAUUUCACUGCUCAUCUGCUUUUUGGUGUAUUUUGGAGUCUCUGCGGCACUUACACUCAUGGUACCUUACUACCAGCUUCGACCUGGGAGCACCUUGCCUGAGGCAUUUCUCCAUAUUGGCUGGGUAACUGCCUACUAUAUUGUAACUUUUGUAUUCCUCUGUAGUCUUUCUGUCAGCAUCUUUGGCUUUGUGUUCCCCAUUCGUAAUCUGAUAUACAUGAUGGCACAGGACGGCCUCCUGUUCCCUGUCCUUGCCAGAAUCCAAACCAGCACAUACAUGCCCAAUGUGUCCACUGUAAUCUUGGGCAUUAUCAUAGGAAUCAUGGCAUUCUUCUUUGGACUCACUGAUCUUCUCGAUCUCAUGUCAGUUGGGGCCCUGCUAGCUUACUCCCUGAUGGCUCUUUGUGUUCUCAUCCUCAGGUAUCAGCCUGAAAGGAGGAAUGGGGUAAAAGAAGCACAGGUGCAAGAGGGGAACAGACCUGCAGCUGAGGCCCUGACUCUACAGGGACUAUUCUUUCCAGGCAGCCCCACCCCCACUCCGCUCUCUGGCCGGGUUGUCGUUGUUUGCUCCUCACUGCUUGUUCUGCUGCUGACUCUUCUCUGCCUGGUGCUGGCCCAGUGGCCAGGUCUGCUCUCUGGAGACCCAGCGCCGAUCACAGUGGUUGUGCUGCUCCUGGUGCUCAUCACUGGGAUCACUGGGGUCAUCUGGAGACAGCCACAGAGCUCUGCUCCCCUUCAGUUUAAGGUCCCUGCUGUGCCUCUCCUCCCACUCCUGAGCAUCUUUGUGAAUGUUUGCCUUAUGAUGCAGAUGACAGCUGCCACCUGGGCCCGAUUUGGUGUCUGGAUGCUGAUUGGGUUUGCUAUCUACUUUGGCUAUGGGAUCCAGCACAGCUUGGUCCCUUAA